CACCAUAUUAAUUUGAAAUAUUUCAUGUUAAAAAUGUUCAAGAAUAAUAUUUUUAUGCAGUGUGUUGAUGAAUAAUUAUUUGUUUUAUAAAAUAUAUUCAUUUGUAUUUUUAUUGUGUUUAUUUUUUAGUGAAAAUCUUAAGUAUUUUAUGAUAAAAUAAUUAAGUGACUCAAAAAUAAACUAUGGAGAAAAAUAAAAGUCUAUCAUCAAAUUCUACUCCUAAAGAUGAUAAAUCAUCUAAAGUUGAAAAAAAAGAACCUUUAUCUUUGGAAGAGUUGUUGGCUAAGAAAAAAGCAGAAGAAUUAGCAAGGAGCAAACCUGUAUUUUUAACUAAAGAACAACGAGCUGCUGAAGCUUUAAAAAAAAGACAAGAAGAAGUUGAGUUGAUACGAAAAAAACAGGAAGAAGAGCGAAAAAAACGUUCUGAAUUUUUACACCAGGCUGAGGGUCAUAGUCAUAGAGAUGAUCGUGAUAGGGAUAGAGACCAUCAUAGGGAUAGAGAUCGUGAUCGUGAUAGAGAUAGAGACCAUGAUCGUCGGGAUAGAGAUAGAAAAAGAGAAAAGAAAGAAGAGCCUGAAGAUAAAGAAAUUUCUAAAGAUAAAGAGAAAGAACAAGAAGCUAUUAAAGAACGAUAUUUAGGUUUAACAAAAAAAAAACGCCGUGUAAGGCGUUUAAAUGAUAGAAAAUUUGUAUUUGAUUGGGAUGCUUCAGAAGAUACAUCAAUUGAUUAUAAUGCUUUGUACAAAGAACGUCAUCAAGUACAGUUCUUUGGUCGGGGUAAUAUUGCAGGUAUUGAUAUAAAAGCUCAAAAAAAAGAUCAAUCAAAAUUUUAUGGAGAACUCAUGGAAAAACGGAGAACUGAAGCUGAAAAGGAACAAGAAAAAGUUAGAUUAAAGAAAGUAAAGAGAAAAGAAGAUAAACAAAAAUGGGACGAUCGACAUUGGUCUGAAAAAGAAGUAGAUGAAAUGACUGAAAGAGAUUGGAGAAUAUUCAGAGAAGACUAUAACAUAACUAUAAAGGGUGGUAAAAUACCUGAACCAAUACGUAAAUGGAAAGAAUCAUCAAUUAAAAGUGAAAUUAUGGAUAUAAUAGAAAAAGUUGGCUAUAAAGAACCAACACCGAUUCAAAGGCAAGCUAUUCCUAUUGGUUUCCAAAACAGAGAUAUUAUCGGUGUUGCUGAAACUGGUUCUGGUAAAACCUUAGCCUAUCUUAUACCACUUAUAGCUUGGAUACAGUCCUUGCCAAAAAUGGAACGUAUGGAAGAUGUAGAUCAGGGUCCUUAUUCAAUUAUAUUGGCUCCUACUCGUGAGUUAGCUCAACAAAUAGAAGAAGAAACUUUGAAAUUUGGGCAACCAUUAGGGAUUCGAACUGUUGUUGUUGUGGGUGGUUUAUCAAGAGAAGAACAAGGUUUUAGAUUGAGAUUAGGGUGUGAGAUCGUUAUCGCAACGCCUGGUCGUUUGAUUGAUGUUUUAGAAAAUAGAUAUUUGGUUUUGAAUCAGUGUACAUAUAUAGUGUUAGAUGAAGCUGAUCGUAUGAUUGAUAUGGGAUUUGAGCCAGACGUACAAAAAAUUUUAGAGUACAUGCCUGUUACUAAUUUAAAACCUGACAAUGAAGAUGCUGAAGAUGAAUCUAAAUUAUUAGCUAACUAUUAUUCAAAAAAAAAAUACAGACAAACUGUUAUGUUUACUGCUACUAUGCCCCCUGCAGUAGAGAGAUUAGCUAGAACUUAUUUACGAAGACCAGCUGUUGUAUAUAUAGGUUCUAUUGGUAAACCCGUUGAACGUACUGAACAAAUAGUUCAUAUGAUGAGUGAAAAUGACAAGCGUAAGAGACUAGUUGAAAUAUUAAGUCGCGGAGUUGAACCUCCAAUUAUAAUAUUUGUAAACCAGAAAAAAGGUGCCGAUGUUUUGGCUAAGGGCUUGGAAAAACUUGGUUAUAAUGCUUGUACCCUUCAUGGAGGAAAAGGACAAGAACAGCGUGAAUUUGCUUUGGCUAGUCUAAAGGGUGGACAAAAAGAUAUAUUAGUUGCAACUGAUGUUGUUGGACGUGGUAUCGAUAUUAAAGAUGUUUCAAUGGUAAUAAAUUAUGAUAUGGCUAAAUCUAUUGAAGAUUAUACACAUCGUAUUGGACGUACUGGCCGUGCUGGAAAAACUGGAGUAGCAAUAACAUUCUUAACAAAAGAUGAUUCACCAUUAUUCUAUGAUCUCAAGCAAGUAAUUCAGGCUAGUCCUGUGUCAAAUUGUCCUCCUGAAUUGGCUAAUCACCCUGAAGCACAGCACAAACCGGGUACAGUAAUGAUGCCCAAAAAGAGACGAGAGGAAAAAAUUUUUGCAAUGGAAAAGGUACAAAUAGAAGAAAAAACUAGAGAAGAAGUAGAGGCUGAGCGUAAAGCUAAACGAUUAGCCAAACAAGAAAGAAAAAAGUUGGCUUUAGAGAAACAAAAAAAUGAUAAAACUUCUGACAUUACUCAAAAAUCUAAAGUAACAAUUUCAGUAGACAAUGUAGAAGUAUUAAAUAAUUCUAAUAAAACUCCUAAAACAUCUAACACAGAAAAUGUGAAAAAUUCCAAAAAACAAGCACAAAAAAUUGUAACAAUAAUACCAUUAAACCUUAAAAAGAAAGAAAAUAUCGUAUCUGUUAAAACGGUUACACAAUCAGUAAUUCAUAAAGAUACCAGUGGUAUAAAAAAACCUAUUGUAGUCAAUCCACAUAAAGUCAAACUUUUUAAUCAUUUGUACAUUGAUUCAUUGUCUUUGACACCAGAAAAAUUAUUGCUAAAAAGCUCAAGUAAAAUUCACCCUGCUUUUAUAAAACUUGGUGUUCAGUUUAGAACUAAUACAAUUACUGGAUCUAAUUCUAGAUGUCUAGCUUUUCUAAAUGCUCUUAAACAAACAGUGACUGAUUUUGUAACACCUGAAUACAAACAAAUAUCUCGAGCUCUCGAGGAAUACUUGUCACCUAUUGUUGAAUAUCUCAUGGCAUGUAGACCAUUUUCUGUAUCAAUGACUAAUGCUUACAAACAUAUUAUGUGGCAUAUCAAACGACUACCUAACAAUACCACUGAAGUUAUUGCCAAGGAAAAAGUUGAAGAUAUUAUCAGUAAUUUUAUUGAAGUUCAAAUUAAAAUGGCUGGUAAAGCAAUAUGUAUAGCAGCUCAAAAUAAAAUUGCUAAUGGUGAUGUUAUACUUACUUAUGGCUUUUCAUCCCUUAUCGAGCUCAUACUUAAAGAAGCAUACUAUAAAAAAAAACAAUUUAGUGUUAUUGUAGUAGAUUCUGCUCCAUGGUAUGAAGGUCGCCAACUUUUACAUAGGCUUGUUGCUCAAAAUAUACAGUGUACAUAUGUCCUCUUAUCAGCUACUAGCUUUAUCAUGACACGAGCAACCAAAGUAUUACUUGGCGCACAUGCUCUAUUAGCUAAUGGUUAUGUCAUGGGAAGAGCAGGUAGUUCCCAAGUAGCAUUAAUAGCCAAACAUUUUAAUGUGCCUGUUUUGGUGUGCUGUGAAACAUAUAAGUUCACAGAUCGUGUACAAACUGAUUCAAUUGUGUUUAAUGAACUUGGAAAUGAGGAUGAAUUAAUGCCCAAAGAACAAUGGUUCAAUAACCGCUAUUUAACACCAUUAAGUUUAAGAUAUGAUGUCACAACUACUGAUUUAAUAACUGCAGUAGUUACUGAGAUUGCAAUUUUACCAUGUACUAGUGUUCCAGUUGUUUUAAGAGUACGGCCAAAUGAAUAUGGUGUAUGUAAUAAAAUUGAUUAACAUACAAAUAAAAAAUAAAAUUGUGAAUAUACAUGUAUACACAUUUUAUAUGAUAAUUUAUUUUUUAAGUUGCCAUUUCUGUUGUACAA